GUAGAUACAGUGAUAAUAACUUUCUCUAUUAAUCAGUAGUUGGAAACUUGUUUUCAUUCAAGCAUCAUUUGACGAAAAUUAUAGAACAGAGACUUCAAGUUGAAAUAAUAUUAAAUUUUGAUUAUUCGAAAUGGCAAAUGUUCCAUUUUCCAGAAAAUUAUGGAAUUCAAAGAAAAUUCCCGCUUUGGGACUAGGAACAAAUGCUGGAUUUUUGUACGAUCCAGAAUUGACGGAACAUGCCGUGGCAGCGGCGAUUGACAUAGGCUACAGACUUUUUGACUGUUCGCCAAUUUAUAUGAAUGAAAAAAAUAUCGGAAAAGCCAUACAAGCAAAAAUUUACGAGAAAGUCGUGAAAAGAAAGGAUCUUUUUAUCGUCACAAAAUUUUGGAUAACGAAUCAUAAAUCAAUGAAUGUCUCAGAUUCGUUGACAUCAUCACUGAAGGCUCUUAAACUCGACUACGUGGAUUUAUUUCUAAUGACUUGGCCCUUUUCCCACUCGAAUGACGUUGACUACACAAACGUGUGGAUCGAAAUGGAAAACUGUAUUCAUAAAAAAAUGACAAAGUCAAUAGGAGUGUGUAAUUUUAAUUUAGAACAAUUAACUCGACUGCAACAAUUCGCAACAAUAAAACCGGCAGUUAUUCAAGUGGAAUGUCACAUUAAUUUAAAUCAAACGGAAUUGAGGGAUUAUUGUAAAAGAAACGAAAUUAUUUUAAUGGGAUACACACCGUUUGGUGAUGUUCACGAGGCAACCGAUGGACCAUAUUCAGAAUGGAGAACUUCUGAGCAAGUCACUUUAGAUGCGCCCGAAAUGAAAGCAAUCGCAGAAAAAUAUAAGAAAACAGUUUAUCAAGUUGCACUUCGAUAUUUAACACAAAUUGGAGUCGUCCCGAUACCAAAAUCAUGUUCCUUGAUGCAUAUUGAGAGUAAUAUUGAAAUAUUCGACUUCCAAUUGACUCAGGAGGAAAUUUUGAUAAUUGACAGACUUGAUUGUAACAAAAGAAUUCACACCGCGAAUCAAUACCGGGCCCACGAUUAUUAUCCAUUUUAUUAAAAAUAUUUUAGAUAAAUUGAUAUUAAAUCUGAUUUGUAAGCACCGAAGAUGCUUUUCUUAUUAUCAAUUACAUUUUAAUUAAUUUUUUUUUAUUAAAUUCCUUGUGUAUAUUUUUUUU